CGAGCAUCCGAGUACGCGCCGCUCGGAAGAACGGUCGAUUCUCCUCGAUCUGCUAUAAAAUUAAACAUUUAUUCGCAAUCUCCAGCACAUAACAAGUGCCGGUUGGCCCAACGAUUUGGCACUAUUUCCCGCCGCCAAGCAAGAACACACCUCCAUUGGAUGUUUUUGUUGGUGGAGCGAUGCGAUUAACGCCUCAUACUAAAAGCUCGGCGUAUCCGUAAGAAUUUUUACUCAGGCGUACUACAUCGGCGGAGGCAGUUGCAUUAGUCAAACUUUUUUCACUUCUAUUUCUAUUCGUUCCUUGUAAAUGCCGGUGAGAGUGGUAGCGCAAGCUUACGGAUCUUUCAGUACUGAAUUACGCGCCAAACGAAUCGAUCGAUUUUGGAUUAUUGCAUUGUUGGUUCGGCUAACCAAUAUUUGGGUUGCGCGCUACUCCUAAGAAAGGAACGAUGAUCUUUAUGGACAGUCUCAACAGUUUCUAUGUGCAACUGAAAUCAUAAUAUGUAAAAGAAAUGUGAGAUCUGUGGCAGAAGUGAAGUUAGAAAAAAUGCUAGAGAUAACGGUGUAACCAACGAUAUGAAUUAAUAAUACCAGUGAGGAUGUGCAGAUACGCAGUGAAACCAUUUGUCAGUGUCAUAUUUUUUAUCAGCUUGAGAGUAAACGCACGAGAAUUCAAUUUUGGACCAUGCAACUUCCAAUAUCUGGAGCCAUGUAAUCCGGAUACAAUUCAGUUCUACCUAUUUACCAGUGAUAGUCCAGGGGAAGCACCGAUUCUGUUGAACAACAUCGAUCCGAUAGUACCAGCCCACAUCAAUCUCACCUACGGAAGCAAAAUGAUUGUACAUGGCUACGGUGGAAACAUUGAUUUCAAUGCAACAAGGAUGAUUCGUAACGCCUAUCUGAAGCAACCUCGCACCAACGUCCUCGUGGUAGAUUGGGGGAAACUCUCGAAAUUACCCUGCUAUCCCACGGCGGCUUUCAACACGAAGCAAGCCGGCGAGUGUACCGCGACGUUCCUGAUAGGCCUUAAAGCAAAUUACCCGGAGUUCGAUUGCCGGGAACUACACGCCAUAGGAUUCAGUCUGGGGGCCCACGUUCUCAGCUUUACUAGCAACGCGCUGGAGAAAUCCAUUGGAACAAAAUUCAGGCGGAUUACAGGACUGGACCCCGCCCUUCCGUUCUUCGCAACCGCCCGUCCCCACUGGAAGCUGGACUUAACAGAUGCGGACUUCGUCGAUGUGAUACACACGAACGCUGGCGUUUACGGGAAGAUUGAAACCUGUGGACACGUGGAUUUCUACAUCAAUGGAGGUGGAACACAGCCUAUGUGCGACAAUGAUUCCAAUCAGCCUCUCUGCAGCCACAUGAUGGCCCCCAUUUACUUCGCCGAGUCGAUCGCUAGCAAAAUUGGCUUCUGGGCAACGAAAUGUACCAGCUAUUUCGCGUACUUUUUUGGUUUCUGCCGAUACCACGCCGAACAGCAGCAAUUAACAAUCGAUGACGAUAGCCGGGGCCAGGAAAUUGGCUACAGUGAAAACAAUGUGUUCGACAGCAAUCGAAUAUUGAUGGGGGAGUACUGUUCGAAUACCGCCGAAGGAGUAUAUUUCGUUCCAACCAAUAAAAAGCCACCGUACGCCAUGGGUUAUUGAGAAGAUUGAACAUCGUUUUACCGAACCGGCGCAAUAGCGCGGGUCGCCGUUUCUAAGUGAUCUUUUGACAGCAUUACGGAAAGUUGAAAUGUUUUUGGAACGACCAUCGAGAUGACCAGUUUGAAGCAGCCAGAAGCUGGAGGUGACAUUUCAUCGUAUACCAAACUUGUCUACUAGGUUUAUGUGGAAUUUGAAGAUUAAAUACAAGUAUGACCACAAUCUGAGUUUAAAAUAUAUUCAUACUUGAACUGGACGGUCAAACGAACAAACUAUCGUAAAGUUGAAAGAAUCUACCACCAGAGUGGAAUAUGAAAACUAACAGUUACCAUUAGUAAUUACCAGUUGUUUCAGUUGAAUUAGAAAAUGAAUGUUUUGUUAAGUUAUAUUUAUA